AUGUCUAGACAAAUGGCCCCCUGGGUGCCACUUUUUCAACAAUCGUGUAAAAACAAUUUAACUGAUACAAAUCCAUUUACAGCCUUUCAAUUCUCUACCUCUGAGAUAACAGUCAAUGAAGAUCAAAAUAUCAAAGAAAUCAAGCCUCGUGUAAGGACAGUAGUACUUCGAGACUUUCUUUUCAAUGAUAAAAAGACAAAUGUGUUAACUUUCCAUUCCGACUUAAGGAGUGAGAAAAUGAAAGUUAGAAAAGGCCAAAAACAAUACUUCGAGGGCUGUUUUUAUUUCCCUGGUACUUGGGAACAAUAUAGAAUAAGUGGUGAAUGGUUCAGUAUUUCCUUGAAUGGCGAUAAUGAUAUUGAUGAUCAUAAAUUGACCAAAUACGGUAUUCUUAUAAAGGAAUCUAUAGAGGAAUCUAUAAGGUUGAACCAAACAAAUACUAAGCAUUCCACAGAUGACAGUUCUAGUACUAGUACCAGUGCUACUACUAAUGAUGAAAUUAAUGAAACUUGUAAUAAUAAUAAUAAUAAUAAUAAUAAUAAUAAUAAUAAUAAUAAUAAUGAUAAUAAUGAUAAUAAUAAUAAUGAUAGAGAUGAUAGAAAUGAAAUAACUGAGGUUGUUUAUAGGUUUCCUGAGUGUAAUGAUUGGAAAGAAGAAGUAAUGAGACAAUGGGAUGGAUUAUCAAGAGCAGCUAAAGCAUUAUAUAGAAAGCCUGCUCCAGGUGAGAUACUGACAGUAGAGACAAGUAAGAAAUUGGAUAAGAUACAACGUGGUGUUGAUGGUGCUAAAGAAGACGCAGGCUUAGAAAACUUCACGGUAGUAUGUCUUUUAAUUGAUCAAGUAGACUACUUGAAUUUAAAAGAUGGUCGUGGAGGCGAAAGAAGAAUUUUUAGAAGAUAUUGUGAUGCAGUAUUAUCUAGAAAAGAUUUUAAGGAAGAGGAAGAAGAAGAAGAAGAGGAGGAGGAGGAGGAGGAGAAAGAGAAAGAGAAAGAAGAAGAUGGCGAGGAGGACGAAGAAGAUGAAUGUGAAAUACUCUCUGAACAUGAAGUGUGGACAGAAGUAGAGGUUUGUCCAUAA